CAAAAACCAGUUCAAAUACUAGUAAUUGUCAUGACAAGGAUGGCAUUGAAAGGUUAUGUUAUAAUUAUUUGAACUACAAACUAUAACACAUAAGUCACACUUUUUAUUCAAUAUGCAAAUAUGUUAAAACAUACCGAAACCCUAUCUGCUAGCUAUGUAUAAAAUUACCGAGAGGUGGUAGCCUUGUUAUGAUAUAACGAGAGAACCCGACUGAUAAGAAAGUUAAACAUUAAACAAAGAUAUCCUAUAGAGAUUAGACUUAUGCUUGGUUGAACAUGUCGCCAACUUUGGUAAUUUUGAUUUUGUGUUUUUCUUUUGUACAUGCAUCGUGGUGGCGUCCACGUCAGCACAUGGCCUGGAACGAUGUGAUAAAUGAACAUAAUAUCAAUACUGGCGUUCAUGCAGACAUGGUUGUCGUCGAUUUGUAUGAUGUGGGUACAAGUAUCAUCGAAGAUCUCCACAGGAAAGGGAAAAGGGUUAUAUGUUACUUUUCUGCUGGUACGAAAGAAGACUGGCGAGAUGAUGCCUCCAAGUUUCCUUCCGAUGGACUUGGGGUUCCUAAUAAGGAUUGGGAUCACGAAACAUGGGUUGACAUAAGAAAUAGUCAUGUAAGACGUAUAAUGAGGGAUCGGAUUGCAAACGCAAAAUCUCGCCAUUGUGAUGGUGUAGAUCCGAAUAAUGUCGAUGGAUAUUUUCAAAAUCAAGCAGGACUUCAUUUAACACCAGACGACCAAUUAGAUUAUAACAGAUAUUUAGCGACAGUGGCACACGGCAAUGACUUAGCUAUCGGACUGAAAAAUGAUGUUAACCAACUUAGUGACCUUGUAGGCGACUUUGACUUUGCCAUUAACGAUUCAUGUAUGGAUUUUGAUCACGAAUGUGACAACUACAAACCAUUUUUUGAUGCUAGAAAGCCUGUGUUCCACAUCCAAUAUGUGAGUUCUUCGAAUGAAGGUCACCAAAAGCAACAUGAGAUAUGCUCAUCAUCAAAACGUCCCCAUGACAUGAAUACUAUAAUUAAGCAUGGGCUGGUCAACUGGAAAAUUGGUUGUUAAUUUUUGUGAUGUGUUUGUUUUCAUUGAACUUUAUUGAAAUCGUUUGAUGAAACGACGAUAUUGUUUUAUAUUAUUUGUAUUAUUUUGAAUACGGCAUAUGUUUCAUCAUUAUAUAUUUUUCGUCUAAA